GCUAUGAUGCAAUGGCGACUGCGCCGUGGGAAGCGAGCGAGGAGUUGAAUGAGUUCCCUCCACAGUUGAGGACAGGCAGCCGACAGUGCCGAGGAGGGACAGAAUAGAGGCUGCGAGACGCUGGCAAGGCCCUGUCCCAACACCCUACAUGGAAACACGGAUCCAGGUGUGUCUGCUAGCCCCGCAGCUAGCCGUGUCAUGACGUUUGGAGACAUUUCUCACACAUCUGUGCGACGUUGCAGCCACACGGGAGAGGAGGCACCAACACCCUAUUUGCUCUGAGCCUGAACCAAGUGAGGUGAGGAGGGGCUGUUGUUGUUUCAUUGAUAAUCUUCUGGGCUUGGUCGCAUUGUCCUCUCCUCACCGGGCACCAGUGGAUCCGUUCGCCCUUCGUGCUGGACCACCAUGGCUGAGAGGAGCUCCACCGGGCUGCUGACGAUGAUGUUAGAGCCCACGCCGGCUCUCGCUAUGACCCUGCCUGCUGAGGUCCGGGAGAAGCUGGCGGAGCUGGAACUGGAGCUGUCGGAGGGGGACAUCACUCAGAAGGGCUAUGAGAAGAAAAGAGGCAAGCUGUUGGCACCGUACAUCCCACAGAUACAAGGUGUAGAUCCAUCUCUGCAAAUCGACAACAGGAUCCAAGCCUCGUCCCAAGUUGCUCUUCAAGGUUCCAAAUCCAACAAGUCUCGGGCUGCCAACACCCGGGAUGAGCGCUUCAGAUCUGAUCUGCACACAGAAGCCGUCCAAGCAGCUUUGGCAAAGUACAAAGAGAGGAAGAUGCCCAUGCCCUCCAAGAGACGGUCCGUGCUAGUUCAGUCUUCUGUAGAGGCAUGCACCCCGCCAGACACCUCCUCAGCGUCAGAAGACGAGGGCUCGCUGCGCCGACAGGGACGUCUGACCACCUCCACGCCCUACCAGGGCCACAGCCACCCAGCUGUUGAGCACUGGUUUAACCGUGUCAUCCAGGGUUCGUCCACCUCAUCCUCCGCGUCAUCCACUUCAUCCCACCCGGGAGGGAGAUCCGUCACCACCACCAACACCACUGCCCACGCAGCCCUGAACGUCAAUGCCGCAGCCACCGCUCUGGCAGACCUUAUGGCACACACCCAGCUAGAUAACCACUCAGCGCCCCCUGACGUGACGGGGCUGUCGGAGCGCUCCUCGCAUCACGCAGAGCGGCCCCAUGUGGCCUCGGUGCGAGGCAUUUCCCGCGGCUUCAACCACCACACCAGCGUCAUGGAGACCGCAGAUGGAUGUGAGUGGAGAGGUGAAGGAUCCCUCACUUUAAUUGAUGGUGUUCCAGUCAACAGUCGCGUCUCCAACAAAAUCCAGCAGCUGCUCAAUACACUGAAGAGACCAAAGCGUCCACCGUUGCGCGAGUUCUUUGUUGACGACUUUGAGGAGCUUUUGGAUGUCCAGCAGCCAGAUCCCAACCAGCCAAAGCCAGAAGGCCAGCAGAUGUGUCCCCUGGAAGGGGAGCCUCUCGGGGUGGUGACCAACUGGCCUCCCUCCUUGCCAGCAGCCCUACAAAGGUGGGGAACCACUCAGCCCAAGAGCCCCUGCCUGACAGCACUCGACAAUGCUGGCAAGCCCGUCUACACACUCACCUAUGGUAAACUGUGGACCCGCAGUCAGAAACUGGCGUAUACGCUUCUUAAUAAGCUGAGCAGCAGAAAUGAGCCUCUGCUCAUGCCUGGAGACAGAGUUGCACUUGUUUUCCCCAACAAUGAUCCGGUGAUGUUCAUGGUGGCCUUCUACGGCUGUCUCCUGGCGGAGCUCGUACCUGUACCUAUUGAAGUGCCGCUAACCAGAAAGGAUGCGGGAAGUCAACAGAUCGGCUUUCUGUUGGGCAGCUGCGGCGUCACGUUGGCACUGACCACUGAUGCCUGUCAGAAAGGCCUGCCCAAAGCACAAACGGGGGAGGUCGCCACUUUCAAAGGUUGGCCGCGGUUGCUGUGGUUUGUGACAGAUGGAAAACAUGUUGUGAAGCCUCCAAAAGACUGGCACCCUCCAAUACGGGAAGCCAGUAACGACAUUGCCUACAUAGAAUAUAAAACCAGCAAAGAAGGAAGCACCAUGGGAAUCACAGUGUCCCAUUCAGCCAUGCUGGCUCACUGUCAUGCCCUCACGCAGGCCUGUGGCUACACUGAAGGUGAGACGAUAACCAACGUCCUGGACUUCAAGAGAGAAGCAGGAUUAUGGCACGGUGUUCUCACUAGCGUCAUGAAUCGGAUGCAUGUGAUCAGCAUUCCCUACUCCCUGAUGAAAGUCAACCCUCUGUCUUGGAUAAUGAAGGUUCACACAUAUAAAGCUCGGGUAGCAGUGGUGAAGUCGAGGGACAUGCACUGGUCUCUGCUGGCCCAGAGAGACCAGAGAGACAUCAGCCUGAGCUCACUGCGAAUGCUUAUCGUUGCUGACGGAGCUAACCCAUGUGAUAGAUGGCUCAGUCUGACUGCCGUAAGCAGAAAAGGAAGAAUUUAAGUGAUAGCAUGGCUUAAGUAAUAGCAUGACUGUGUGUCCUGCAGACCUCCAGAAAUGGGGGUUCCUCCUCCCGGGAAGGCGGUGCUGUCCAUGGGUGGGCUGAGUCACGGGGUGAUCCGUGUGGACACUGAGGAGAAACUCUCUGUUCUUACAGUGCAGGAUGUGGGACAGGUCAUGCCUGGAGCCUUGGUCUGUGUGGUGCGAGCCGAGGGGAUACCUUAUCUCUGUCAGACAGACGAGGUCGGAGAGAUCUGCGUGAGCUCAGGCAGCACCGGUGUCGCUUACUACGGCCUCCCAGGCAUGACCAAGAACAUCUUUGAGACUGUCCCUGUAACACCGUCUGGGAUCCCGAUCAGUGGCCGACCUUUCACUAGAACCUCACUGCUGGGCUUUGUAGGGCCAGACAGCCUUGUGUUUGUUGUGGGAAAGAUGGAUGGACUGAUGGUCGUCAGUGGGCGGAGACAUAACGCUGAUGACGUAGUUGCCACAGCGCUGGCCGUGGAGCCCAUGAAGUUUGUGUACAGGGGAAGGAUCGCAGUGUUUUCUGUGUCUGUACUGCACGACGAGAGGAUCGUCGUAGUGGCAGAGCAGAGGCCAGACGCCUCAGAGGAAGACAGCUUCCAGUGGAUGAGCCGUGUCCUCCAGGCCAUAGACAGCAUCCAUCAGGUUGGGGUGUACUGCCUGGCUCUGGUACCUGCUAACACGCUUCCUAAGGCUCCCCUCGGCGGCAUCCAUAUAUCUGAGACCAAGCAGCGCUUCCUGGAGGGUGCUUUACACCCCUGCAAUGUCCUUAUGUGCCCUCACACAUGCGUCACUAACCUGCCCAAGCCGAGACAGAAACAGCCAGAGGUUGGUCCUGCUUCUAUGAUAGUGGGCAACUUGGUGGCAGGCAAGAGGAUAGCACAAGCCUGCGGGAGAGACUUGGGACAGCUGGAGGACAAUGACCAGGCACGUAAGUUCCUCUACAUUCAGGAUGUGCUACAGUGGAGAGCUCAGGCCACGCCAGAUCAUCCUCUGUUUCUGGUUCUCAAUGCUAAGGGCACAGUGUCCAGCUCAGCUUCCUGUCUGCAGCUGCACAAGCGAGCAGAGCGAGUGGCAGCAGCUCUGAUGGGACGCCUGAACACUGGAGACCACGUAGCACUCGUCUAUCCGCCAGGAAUUGACCUGAUUGCCACUUUCUACGGCUGCCUGUACGCUGGCUGUGUGCCGGUCACCGUCAGACCGCCACAUCCACAGAACCUGGCCACCACUCUGCCAACCGUCAAAAUGAUCGUCGAGGUCAGCAAGUCAGUGUGCAUCCUGACAACCCAAGCAAUAACGAAGCUGCUGAAAUCCAAAGAAGCUGCUGCUGCUGUGGACAUCAAGAGCUGGCCCACCGUGCUGGACACUGAUGAUCUCCCCAGGAAGAAGAGCCCCCAGAUGUACAAGCCCCCAACCCCAGAGAUGUUGGCUUACCUGGACUUCAGUGUGUCCACGACAGGCAUCCUGGCAGGGGUCAAAAUGUCUCAUGCUGCCACCAGUGCCUUGUGUCGCUCCAUUAAGCUGCAGUGUGAGCUCUACCCAUCCCGGCAGAUCGCCAUCUGUCUGGACCCGUACUGCGGCCUGGGCUUUGGUCUCUGGUGCCUGUGCAGCGUGUACUCGGGCCAUCAGUCGAUCCUGGUUCCACCGCUGGAGUUGGAGAGCAACGCAUCUCUGUGGCUUGCAGCCGUCAGCCAGUACAAAGUGCGCGUCACGUUCUGCUCGUACUCAGUCAUGGAGAUGUGCACCAAAGGACUGGGUUCACAGACAGAAGCACUGCGGCUGAGAAAUGUGAACCUGUCCUGUGUGCGUACCUGCAUGGUGGUAGCAGAGGAAAGGCCCCGCAUAGCCCUCACUCAGUCCUUCUCGAAGAUCUUCAAAGACCUGGGGCUUUCACCGAGAGCUGUGAGCACCACCUUCGGCUGCAGGGUGAACGUAGCGAUCUGUUUGCAGGGUACAGCUGGACCAGAUCCCACCACAGUUUACGUGGACAUGAGAGCACUACGACACGAUAGGGUUCGCCUGGUUGAGAGAGGGUCACCGCACAGCCUGCCACUGAUGGAGUCUGGAAAGAUCCUUCCUGGAGUAAAAGUCAUCAUUGCAAACACGGAGACUAAAGGACCCUUGGGAGACUCCCAUCUAGGAGAGAUCUGGGUGAGCAGUCCCCACAAUGCCACAGGAUACUACACAGUUUAUGGGGAGGAGGCGCUGCAUGCUGACCACUUCAACACCAAGCUGAGCUUCGGGGACACUCAGACAGUCUGGGCAAGGACCGGCUACCUGGGCUUCCUGCGGCGCACUGAGCUGACCGAUGCCAGCGGAGAGCGUCAUGACGCCCUCUAUGUGGUGGGCUCUCUUGAUGAGACUCUGGAGCUGAGGGGGAUGAGGUAUCACCCAAUUGACAUCGAGACCUCUGUUAUCCGUUCUCACAAGAGCAUAGCUGAAUGUGCGGUGUUCACAUGGACCAACCUGCUCGUGGUGGUUGUAGAACUGGAGGGAUCUGAGCAGGAGGCCCUCGACCUGGUGGCCCUGGUCACCAAUGUGGUCCUGGAGGAGCACUACCUCAUCGUAGGGGUGGUGGUGGUGGUAGACCCCGGCGUCAUCCCCAUCAACUCCAGAGGGGAGAAACAACGCAUGCACCUCAGAGAUGGAUUCCUGGCUGACCAGCUGGAUCCCAUAUAUGUGGCUUACAACAUGUGAGGAGCUAAUUGUGGCAGGGUUGACCCCCACUACCCUAUGUGGCUUUAUGACACUACAGGCGACAGCAGGACAAGCAUCUACAGGGGCUUGUAGCAGUUGCAGGCUCGAUCUCUGGAUGGCUUCGGUUGUGCAAAAGCGAUCUGCCCGCUUAUUUUUUUUUCUACUCGUGCAGGAAAAAUGUGAAAGAAACAUGGAUGCAAAACUUGGACACAAACCUCAAGCCUGUUUCUCUCAAUUUCUGGUCUCAGCAAAUAACUUUUUAAAGGGCAUUCUUGUGUUAUUGAAGUGAGUUUUGUAUGUAUGACAAAACCUCAUCUAAACCCAGGACACCUGAGAGCGGCAGAGCAGGUGGUUAUGGUAUGAAACAGCGGUGUGCCAUUGACAUAAUUUAUUUUGUCAAUUUCAAAAAUGUUGAAUGUUAACUGUGUUUGCCAAACACUUGUGCCAUAGAAAAGAACUGGUGCCAGUACCCAAAUCCCGACUCGAACGACCUCCGACACGUUUCAUGUUCAGCCUCCUGCACCAUUACUGGUCCGAUGCUUUUCACGGGAUUUGCCGCUACGCCUGUAGGAGCAGCUGCACCCUGAAAUGAACCCCAGAUUUUUAUUCCGCAGCUCAGUACAGAUCAAGUUAUCGCAACAAUAAAGAAGCACACAGCAGCGGCGUCCGAGGAGAAGGAGGAGCAGUUUGUGUUAUUUUUUUCGCUCAUUUGUGCUUUAGUUUGUAGUGCCAGUAGCUUCCACAUAAUGCUGUGGUAACUCAGUCUCAUCGUUUUCUAAUUCUGAAAUGUGUAACAGAUUUUUGUGAACAAAAAUGCAAUAUGAGUGAUGUGAAAGAUGAAUGACUGCAUACAGUAAGUGCCGAUCAGUCGAAGAAUAAUGUGCUAAACGAUAAAAGCCUUAAGUAUUUUUUUCAGACGUCUGUUCCAGUCCCAGCUGGAGUUUAUCAGCUGUUGGAUAUGGAGGGGAGGGGGGGGUAAAUAUGCAGAUGGAGGUUAGAAAUAGCAAAUUUCGCUCUUAUGUACCCAAAGGUUUGCAUCUUUUUGGCUAAGGUAAAUAUACUUGAUCCUAACAUCAGCCAUUACAAACACACACUCAUUCAUUCCAUAAAUAUUUUAAUGUGCGUCCCUGUCAGCUGUGUCGAGUGUGUGUUUUAUAGCAAAAGACUGGAAGAAGUGGGUGUGGCUUUUGUUGCAGAAUGUCAGACUCAUUUUGAGCGACUGAAAGUUGUUGGGUUACAUUUGUCAUUAAGGCAAGUGUCUAAUAUGCUCAUAACACCCUGAUCUUCCAUCGUAUCACAUCAACUUUCUUGCUUCUUUUUUCUAUGUGCACAACCCUUCAGAAACAGGCAUCAGCCUGCUGUAAGUAUGUACAGAUUUUGUGUAAAUUAUUGAUUGAAGGAUUAGACAACAGGAAGCAGAACACAAAGACUAAAUCUGGUAUAUAUGUGAACUUCUCCCUUACAAACAGAAGGUUAUUUGCAAAGGAUUUUCAUGUGGAAACACUGGAAGGAGACGUGAAAAGCCUUGUAGACAUUUUUAUGGUAUGAAACAACAGCAGGAAUGGCCACUUCCAGGAUGAGGUGAAGUACACGCCAAGCACAAACAGUACACAGUUAUGCUCUGGUGACGGCGGAGAUGUCACAGCCUUUACAGCAAAACGUUGUUAACAUAUUGAAAGAUGCAUUUGUCUGAUAUAUGGUUAGUUGUCAUUAUUUUCAUAACAUGAUUUCAUAAUGAAUAAAAAAAGUUCUUUUAACUUGAA